AUGACUGGAGUCAGCAAUACUAAUGCUAAGCUCGCCUUAACCAUUACUUACGACUCAUAUACGGGAAUUCCUAUAAGCCAAGAAGAUGUGAAACGACACGACAAACGGAACACUACCUUUUGGUGCACACAGCAAGUGGAGCCGUGCGCUCCUGAUGAAGGGAGGCGAAUAGACGGUUCAUGUAACAACCUGCGACUUCCCACCCGUGGGGCCGCCCACACUCCUACGUACAGAGUCCUCCCCGCUGUCUAUGGAAAAGACUUUGAGCCGAGGCCUUCAAAAUCUGGCCACUCCCUACCAUUGGCCAGAUUUCUGCGGACCAGCCUUAUGGCAGUGGGAAGGCUACCGGAUCAGAUGUUCACAACCCUCCUGACGAACUUCUUAGUGUUUAUGACUGGGGACGUCCUUUCUUUACACGACACCGUGAAAUUUAUUGCAUGGAAGCCUUACUGCUGCCUGCCGAAAGGUAAAAAAGACAGAGACUGCACCCCUAACAAGAUACCGGACGAUGAUCCAGUACAUCGGUUCUCCGACAUCAGGUGCCUGAACAUGACGAGACCCGAAAGCUUCCAGUCCAUCGGCUGCAUCAAAAACGACACAGUUCCCGAACGGAUCGUGUCGGCGACACCGGCGUUCGACCUGUCAACGGUUUAUGGGAAUACAUUAAAAGCAUUAAUGGAGAAGGGGCGCCUGUUUCAACGGGGUUUGCUGAAGUACGAAGUGGAAAAUGGCAGGGUCUGGCCUCCGAGUGUCAAAACCGGCGGAGGGGUUUGCUUCUUGAACCAAAGACCGCUGGAGAGCCGCUGCCACGAUACACCCGAGGACGGUUCUAACAGCCUAGCCGGUAUAAAUCUUAUGACGAUCUGGAUGUGGAGACACCACAACCUGAUCGCCGCCGAACUGGCACACAUCAACCCCUGUUGGAGCGACGAUAAAUUGUUCUACACCGCACGUGACAUUAAUAUUGCUAUUACCAUGCAGAUAUUCUACUACGAGCUGUUGCCAGCGGUUUUUGGCAACUAUUUGAAGAAAGUUCCUAUAGUGAAUCUCACGUUAAGGACUGGAUUCUUCGGCGUGGACGAUAAUAUGGAUUACGUGACCCAAAGUAAUUUCAGGCAGGGGGCUGCUAAAAUAGACUAUAUUGUGGACCCUGACAUAGUAGAGGUUGGUAUGGGACCUCAUCAGCGUGCUACCGACCUUCUGACGAACGAUUUGGCCAAGAACCGAUACUUCGGCUUCCCGCCUUACAUCAAAUACAGAGAGUUGUGUUUCAAGCAAUCCUUCAAGACCUUCGACGACUUGCUUCACGCCAUCGAUCCCGAGAGAGUGGAGCUACUGAAAGAAGUGUAUGAAAAUUUAGAAGACGUUGAUCUCAUUGCUGGUAUUUGGCUAGAAAAAUUGAUAGAGGGCGGCCACGUACCAGCUACUUUGUAUUGCAUUGUGGUCGAUCAAUUGCUCAGGACUGUCGCGUCUGACCGGCAUUGGUACGAGAGACCUCAACGACCGAAUGCCUUUACUUUUGAACAACUCCAGGAGAUAAGGAAGGCGACCGUUGCGCGCCUGAUGUGCAACGUCGGUGAUAAAGUCACUCGGAUUCAGCGUCACGCUUUCUACAGGAUUAGUACACGUAACCCGUUACAAGACUGCGAGAGAAUUGAGUUUGUUAACCUUGGGGCAUGGAAGGAUGAGAGAUUUAAAUAUGUUCUGUGGAAGCCCUACUGUUGCACGGCUAAGGGCAAAACGGACCGUGACUGUGUGCCUAAUAAAAUACCGGAUGACGACCCAGUCCACCGUUUCUCCAAUAUCAGAUGCCUUAAUAUGACCAGACCGGAGAGUUUUCAGUCCAUCGGUUGCGUCAGACCCGAUACGUUUCCGGAGCGGAUAAUCGGCGCAACACCAACUUUUGAUGUCUCUUCCGUUUAUGGCAAUUCCCUCAAGGCCUUGUUCGAGAAGGGUAGGAAAUUCGAAGGCGGUCUCUUGAAGUACGAAGUGGAAAAUGGAAAAAUAUGGCCGCCCAGUGUGAAGACACCUGUGAGCGUUUGUCUGCUCAAUCAAAAACCUCAUGAGACCCGUUGUCAUGACACACCGGAGGACGCAAGCAAUAGCGUAGUUGGUGUCAAUCUUGCUGUUAUUUGGUUCUGGAGGCUUCAUAAUAGAAUUGCAACGGCAUUGGCACGCAUCAACCCCUGCUGGGAUGACGAUCGGCUCUUCUACACCACUAGGGACAUUGUGAUUGCCAUCGAAAUGCAAAUAAUGAUGUAUGAGUUAUUACCAGCGUUUAUGGGUAAAUCAAACUUAUUAAGAGAUGGUGUCAUAACAAAUAAUUUGGGAUACAGAGAUUUGUAUAAUGAAGAUGUUAUACCCCAAAUAUCCCUGGAGUUUCCUUCUGUUCUUCGCUGGUUCCACACUGUGCAGUCGGGAUCUAUGAAAAUGUACGAUGCACAAGGUUACUUCUUGAAAGAGAUUCCAAUCGCAAACCUGACCCUUAGAACCGGAUUCCUUGCUGUGGACAAUAAUAUAGAUCACAUGACACAAGGCAGCUUCAGACAGGCCUCCGGAAAAGUCGACUAUGCCGUUGAUCCAGAAUUUGGGGAAAGCAGUCUCGGUCCCCAUCAGAAAGCGUCCGAUGUUUUCACGAAUGACUUGGCCAAAAACCGUUACUUUGGUUUCCAACCUUACGUCAAAUACUUGGAGCUUUGCACCAGGCGCCCAUAUAAGAAAUUUGAAGACUUGCUGUACGUCAUGGAUCCGGAAAAAAUAGAGAUACUUCAGGAGCUAUACGAUAAUCUAGAAGACGUGGAUCUUCAUUCCGGUUUAUGGACGGAGAGGUUCGUUGGGGGUGGUCACGUACCAUCGACGCUAUAUUGCGUUGUGGUGGAGCAGAUGCUACGUACCAUCAUAUCCGACAGACAUUGCAACCCUAUUAUUGGAUGCAACGAGAUCGAGGGAAUUGACCUUUGGGCCUGGGAAGACAGCAAUUGCAUUAACGACGGUUCUUUUCAUGGUCCAGAUUACAAACAGAAAAAUCAGCCAAUA